AUGAUCGGCAACGUCUAUGUGAAGUACUACCACGAAGAGGAUGCCGAAAGAGCGUUGAUGAAGCUGACGGGUCGUUUCUACAGCGGCAAGCUCAUCCAGGCCGAGUACACGACGGUCUCCGAUUUCCGCGAGGCGCGCUGCCGAGCGUUCCACGAGACGCGUUGCAACCGUGGAGCUUAUUGCAACUUCAUGCACAUCAAGCACAUUCCGCGAGCAAUCAAGCGGCGCGUGGUGCGAGAGAUGUACGACGACCAUCCCGAGUACCUGGGCCAGACGGCCAAGAAGUCGAAAAAGGACAAGGACAAGGAUCGCGACCGCGACCGCGACCGCCGCAGCCGCUCAAGGCGCCGCGAGAAGGAGAAGAAGGAGAAGGACCGCGGUGACAAGGGCGCUGCUGCUCCACCUGCUCGUCAAACCUCAGAGGAGCGCCGGGCAAUGAUUGCAUCUUGGAAUGCUGAGAAGGAGAGCGGCGUGGUAGCCUGA